CGCGCGGGGCGGAGGCAUGUCGGGAGUAGUAGUUCCAGGGUUCGCGGGGUUGCGGGACUGGUCCCGGCCUUUCUGGGGCUAGAGGCGCGGGUGAUCUCGGUUACGCUGGGGCGGUGUGCAAGGAGCGGAGACUUCCCGGCUGCCUCUUCCCCGCAGCGGUGGAGCCAGCGUCUGUCCCGUCUGGGUGGGGAGUGCGGUGCCCGGCGGGGCCGCGCGCGGACACCGGGAGACGCCGCGCGGCCGUGGGUCAGAGGUCGGCCGGGGCGGCGGUGCCUUGCGGGUGUCGCGGGCCCGGAAGACGCGCGGGGAGGAAGCGCCCUGCCAGAUCUACCUUGUCAGCAGUCUACACUCCUCUUGCCAGGAAAACUGAGAAGGAAAGCAUGGCUGUGGAUUUGCUGCCCACUAAGGUGAAAGAGUCUGUGACGUUCAGGGACGUGGCUGUGGUCUUCAGCCAGGACGAGUGGCUGCGCCUGGACUCUGCGCAGAGAACCCUGUACCGGGAGGUGAUGCUGGAGAACUAUGGCACCCUGGUCUCGCUGGGGAUUCCAUCUUCGACGCCAAAGGUGAUCUGCCGGUUGCAGCAAGGCGAGGAUCCUUGCGUGGUGGAAAGGGAAACCCCUCAAGACGCCUGUCUGGGUUUCAAGACUUGGCCUGAAAUGGAAGCCUCACCUCCCAGACAGGACAUUUCUAUAGAAGAAACAUCUCAGGGAAUAAUAAAGAAAAAGUCCAUUAAGUUUGGUCACUGGGACAUCGAUUUUGGACAGACUUUGGAAUUGGAGAGUGGAACAGAACAGGAGCAACGGAAGAAACCUCUUCAGCAAAUCAUGACCUCACACAAAAAAACUGUGAGUGGAGAUGUAAAGCAGACACGUCUUGAAUUGGGGAAAGGCUUACUUAUAAAUACAAUUCUUGUCACACAACAGAGUGUUCCUAUAGAAAGGAUACCCAAUAUAUAUUACACGUUUGGGAGAGAUUUUAAACAGAAUUUUGAUUUAAUGAGAUGCAUCCAGAUUUACCCAGGAGAAAAACCUCAUCUUUGUAAUGAAUGUGGGAAAAGCUUCAACCAGAGUCUCCAUCUGAUUGAACACCAGAGAAUUCACACUGGUGAGAAACCCUACAGAUGUAGUGAGUGUGGGAAACCCUUUAGCCACAGAUCCUCCCUUCUUGCCCAUCAGAGAAUUCAUACUGGAGAGAAACCUUACAAAUGUAAUGAAUGUGAGAAGGCGUUUAGCAGCAGCUCGACCCUAAUCAAACACCUGAGGGUGCACACCGGCGAGAAACCCUACCAGUGUAAGGAAUGUGGUAAAGCCUUUAGCCAGUGUUCAACCCUCACUGUACAUCAGAGGAUUCAUACUGGAGAGAAACUCUAUAAAUGUGCUGAAUGUGAGAAGGCCUUCAAUUGUAGAGCAAAACUUCACAGACACCAAAGAAUCCACACAGGGGAGAAACCCUACAAAUGCAGUGAAUGUGGGAAAGGUUACAGCCAGUUUGCAUCCCUGGCUGAACAUCAGAAGCUUCAUACUGGAGAACAACUGUGUAAAUGCUUGGAAUGUGGGAGAACCUUCACACGCAUCUCCACCCUUAUUGAACACCAGCGAAUUCAUACUGGUCAGAAACCCUACCAGUGCAAUGAAUGUGGGAAAGCCUUCAACCAGUAUUCAUCCUUCAGUGAACAUCGUAAAAUUCACACCGGGGAAAAGCUUUACCCAUGUGGAGAAUGCGGGAAAGCCUUUGGUUGCAAAUCCAACCUUUACAGGCAUCAGAGAAUUCACACUGGGGAGAAACCCUACCAGUGUAAUCAGUGUGGGAAAGCCUUCAGCCAGUAUUCAUUCCUAACAGAGCACGAGAGGAUCCAUACUGGCGAGAAACUCUACAAGUGCAUGGAGUGUGGGAAAGCCUACAGUUAUAGAUCAAACCUUUGUAGACACAAAAAAGUUCACACUAAGGAAAAACUCUAUAAAUGGAAGGAAUAUGGGAAUCCUUUUAUCUAUAGCUCCUCCCUUACUCAGUAUCAGAGAUUUCUCAGAGAUGAUGAGUCCUAUGAAGUUUAAUUCUUCUCUCAAAUGAUUCAAGACUCCUCACUGGAGAAUAAUAAAUAGG